AUGCCAGCCAUCCGCGUGGGGCUGGGGGCGGGGCUCCGCCUGGCCGAGCAGUUCGAGCGGGCGGCGCAGCGGGUGCCGGCCUUGGCCGCGGUGGCCCCCAAGGAGCCGCUUCUCUACCUGUACGCCCGCUACAAGCAGGUAAAAUGCGGUAGCUGCAACACCCCUAAACCUGGAUUUUUUGACUUUGAAGGAAAACAGAAAUGGGAAGCUUGGAAAGCACUGGGUGAUACAAGUCCUGAGCAGGCGAUGCGAGAGUAUAUUGCCACAGUGAAGAAACUGGACCCCACUUGGAAUCCACAGGUAGUAGAAAAGAAAGGGAAAGAAGGAAAAGCCAGCUUUGGAGGCCCAGUUGUCAGCUCACUCUAUCAGGAAGAAACCAUCAGGGAGGAAGAUAAGAACAUAUUUGACUACUGCAGAGAGAACAACAUUGAACAUGUAACCAAAGCCAUCCGAUCAAAGAAAGUGGAUGUGAAUACAAAAGAUGAGAAGGGCAGAGCUCUACUCCACUGGGCAAGUGACCGAGGACACAAGGAGCUGGUCUCCGUACUGCUUCAACAUACAGCUGACGUUAACAGCCAGGAUGAUGAAGGCCAAACGGCAUUGCAUUAUGCCUCAACCUGUGAGUUCUCUGACAUCGUGGAGCUGCUGCUGAAGUCUGGAGCUGACCCUACCAUUCGGGACACGGAGGGCUACCUCCCUGAGGAGGUGACGGACUGUAGAGCGAUCACCUUCAUGCUUCAGAAGCACUCCGCUAGGAAGGCUUAGCCCGAAAGGCCAAGGAAGCACACGUGGGCCCAGCCCAGGACUCUUAAAGCGGACACACGUUGCAAUAAGCCCCGCCCUUCUUCCAAACCACCUUCUUUGGUAUGCAUGAUGUAUGGAGAUGGGGACCUUGUAUAUUAUUCUGGGAGGAGGGAAAGGGGCAAUGGAACACAUGUGACACAGGCCCGUGUACCUUGUGGCCUACCAGGUCGAAUGCAGCUUUUCAGCCAUAUAUUAUAUCCUGCCUUGUGCUUGAGGAACACCUCCCCCCCCAAUUCCAGGGAUGCAGCAGAAACAGAAGGUUUUCUUUUUUUUCCUUUGAGCUUCUAGUGGCUCCCUCGGCACGCCUGGCAGACUGCAUUCAGUCAAACGGACCACAAGUUUUUAUAGGCCUGGUGCUACAUAAGACCCGUAUUGCACGUUGUGGCGUUUCGAUCAUGAUUCUGGAAGCUGAGGGGGAGGAGCAGCCACAUCGAGACUGCAGUCUGUGUGCCUACUCAGGAGCAAGCCCCACAGAGUUUGCUUUUCCAAGUAAAUGUGCUUUUUUUGGUAUAACACAAGUUACCUAGCGGGAAGGGAAAAUGUAGCUGUUGGCAGGGAGGGGGUGGAUAAAGUGGGCAGCAGGGUAUUGUUCAGCCGAUGUACAAAUGACCUCUUCCUCCAACAAAAAUCAGUAAGCAGUAGAAGAAAGGACUCUGACACUCUCAUCACCUCCCCUCACUUGUGAAAUGGAAUUAUGGGUGUUUUUCUAAGAUGUGAAGGUGACAAGCUCUUCUCUUGCCACUGGAGGGUGGGAAUGGCAAAACAGGGAAGCCGUGGCUAUGUUUAACUCAGUCGCUGUGAGAACAGAUGUGUGUCCCUCUUUCUCUGUUGUAAAGUACCGUCUUGCACGAUAAAACACGUUGAAGAAUUU